AUUCUUAUCGAUUAACUAACUAUCAGACUCCGCUCUUCGUCAUCCAUCCAGGGCAGUGUGUCUGUGCUUGAAGGCAGUUCUAUUUCGUUGUUGCCAUACCUGGAGAAAGAAUUGUUAGCUUGGGGUUUGCUUUCAUCUGAAACCACAGGGACGAUUCUAUCUCGCGCUUCUUUCCGGGCGAGCGGGGUAAUCGAUCAAUCAGUUUCGAGUUGCGCAUCACCAUUGAGGACCUUAGAGUCGAAUUUCCUCCUCUGAAACGCAUCAUUGUUGGUCCACAGUUAGUCACUCUUUGGAAGAGUUCUGUUAAGGUUGCCGGACAAUACUCUCGGCGCGCGGGCUCUUAUGACGGGAUACUGUCCUCGCAAAUAACAUUGACAAUGCCUCUGGAUGAGGAAGGAGCGAAGUGGUCUUGCGAACCAUGCAUUCGUGGCCACCGCUCAUCAAAAUGUCAGCACUUUGAUAGAUUGAUGAUGAAAGUUCCCAAGGCCGGCCGGCCUCUGGCGAAAUGCCCUCACCCGAAGGGUACAUGUAGCUGUCAGAAGACAUAUGCCUUCAUGGUCCGCAUACCGAAGGGCUCAAGUUGUCUUUGCCGACCGUUAUACAAAAUUCCCAUGGUGCCCGAGGAUGGCCAACCAUCCUCGACGUCUAGCCCUCCAGCACCUUCUCCUGCCCCUGGAAAGGUCCAGAAAUCCAACAGACGACAGAGUAACCUUCAAGCCGCCCCAGAAAAUAUCGCCAGAGCGUUGGACUUUACGCCGGACUUCGCGAACCAGCAGAUUCACAAUGGAAUAUCCGCACCUGGCACUCCGUAUUCUUUCAACUAUCCGGAAUUUGCUAGCUCAUCUGGAACUCCCACUACAAACAACAAACAUCCCAUGAUUCUGCCAAAGCAGAGCUCGGAAACGAAUGUGCAGACCAUAGCACCGCAGCCUAGUUGCUGCUCAAAGGAGCAACAACCGUUACCCCUGGUGGAGAAGAAAGGAUCUUGCUGCGGCGGUACAGUGCCUGAAGCUACAGAGGAACCAAAACCGAAGUCUUGUUGCUCUUCAAAGCCAAAAGCCGCCCCUCCUGGUACGGAUUCCGGAAACCCAUUCCCACCGUGGCAUCAAUUCCCCUCUGGAAACCACCUUCUACACCAGAAUCUGCAAUUCUCGCCGCCUUACAUUCAAAGUCCUGUCUAUAUGAACGGAUAUCAUGUCCCGAAUUCUGCGGCAGCAAACCCUGUGAGCUUUGUGCCCUCGACUAUGCAAUGGAGCAAUGGGUUCGGUCCGUCUAUGCAGCAAUCGUUUGCAGGAUCUGUACCGUAUGGCAAUAUGGCCCCUCCCGCAGUGGUCGAUGCGUCAAAACAUGAGUGCAGCUGUGGAGAUGACUGUCAGUGCUUGGGAUGUGCUUCGCAUCCCUUCAACAACACCACCAGGCAGCAUAUCCAGGAAAUGGGCUACAUGAUGACCAUUGGAGAGGAAGGCCAAAGUCCAGAUGGAUUGGACGGCAGUAGACAGUCUCCAGUGUCCGGAACAAUGAGCCCUACUCUCUUUGGAUACCCGGAAACCCCAGAGGGCACUACUUCCCUUGGUGGCGGCUGUUGUGGGAAAGCCGCGCAAAAUGUGCCAGAACAAGGGCAUCCUUCCCAUUUCGAUUAUGGUCUGUCCGCACAGAAUUCUUCGCAUUACGAUGCAGGGCAACAUCUGAUGCAGCCUUCCGAAUACUACGAAGUCGAAUAUCCAGUUCCACUGCCGGGAUCUUGUUCUGACAUGACUGGGACUUGCCAAUGUGGAAAUGAUUGCAGCUGCGUUGGCUGCUUGACACAUAGUGGACACAACGGCAUGCCACUUGAGGCACCGCAUGACAAUACUCAUGCUGGCAUGGAGGACUGUAGCGCUUCGCAGCGCUCACCAACGCAUCCAGAGCCUCGGUUUGCGGCAUUGGACGAAUUCUCCUUAUCUUCCCUGAGCCCACCGGCGAUAGAGCCACAGCUCGUUUAGGGCGACAUGACCACAAAAGCGAAUGCAUGUUAUGGAACGACAUUUGACUUUUCUUGGCGGGGAGAGAGGAGUUCUAUCGGAAUCAUGAUUAAGAUACCCCUUGUUGAGUCUUUUAGCAUUGAUAUAAAGUUUUGUCUAAGGAAAGAGGGAAAAAAGGAUGGGGCGUGCAUGGAAUCCCCUCUCCCAGGUCAAUGUCUUUCCGCAAGGAGUGC